AUGGCCACACCAUGGACACCGCAGUCCAACGAGAUCUCCAAUUUGUCGUUGGAGCAUGCGCGUGCUAUUCUCCACGCCCUGUGCCAAGAGAGGAAAACCAAGGCCAAAGUGCUCGACCUCGCGAGAAAAUUAAAGCACCAGGAGACCCUUAGGCAAGCGCAGGCAUCCGCCAAGCCGGCCCGACCGCUUGCCAUAUGUGUUGAAUGUCGUGAAGUAUUUGACCCCAAUACUUCCGGUCCGCGUGACUGUUUCUAUCACCCAGGCUACCUGGAAGUCGACGACGAAGGCGGCUUUUGGGCGGACCAUGAUGAAGACUGUCACGGUAAAAUUGAUACUGACGAAAUGCGUGAGGAGUUCCCCGAUGGCUUCAGAUGGGACUGCUGCGGCCAAACUGGAGAUGCAGAAGGGUGUCACCGAGGCGCGCACCAAUCUGAUCAACUUGUGAGCAAGGACGGCAUCUCGGCGAAUCAGUACGAGAGCGACGAAGAGGAAGAUGACGACAACGAAGAUGAAGACGAGAACGAAGAGGACGAAGAGGACGAAGCUCAAGAGGAGAAGGGCGAGGACCCGGAAGUCGUCAUCGUGGAAGAGAGACAAGUGGUUAACAAGCGCAAAGCUGAUGACAGCUUUGAAGUCUCGGUAUAUGCCCAGAAUUCGAAGAGGGAUCGUUGGUAA